AGGGAAUUCUUUAUAAAUAGGUUAGUGAGGUUAUAUCGAAGAAAAGGGUUGAUGUCUGUAUUUAUUAUCUUUUAAAAGAUCCUUUCUUGUGAGAGUUUGCUGGAAAGUGUCAAAUGCUAUAUCACAAUUCCGGUAGUUUAUCUUCGUCCUCUAACACAGAUACUCUUGCUAUUGAUCAGGCUUUAUCCUUACGAGAAGAUGGGAAAUUAAAAGAAUUGUCUACCAACAGGCAUGGAAGACUUUUAUUUACGGCUUUACUAGAAAACUUUUGUCAAUUAUAUGAUUCAGAUCCGUCUCGCUCCAGAAGGCUCUUUACGUUAAUUUGCCAAACUUUAAAACGUAUUGGAAUUGUUGAUGAAGAGUAUAUUGAGGAACUUGCUGGAAUUCGAUCGACUUAUCAAAGUGCUCUGCAUCACUUAAUCACUCAAGCUAGGGGGGUCUUGUUCGAGGAAGAUCAAGGUAAGCAAGCACCAUUGCCUAUAGAAAGAUACAUUCCAGAGAGAUCUUAUGAGGAAUUGCAAGGAGCUCUUCAAAGAAUCUCGGCUUCUUCCAAUCCCUCUAGUUCCCAACAACAUUCGCAACCAAAUAGCUUUACGUCUGAUCCGUGGCUGCAUACGAAGCAUUCUCGAUAUGCGAAUGAUUUUGAAGAGCUACAAAUCCUUGGCAAAGGUGGCUUUGGCGCCGUAUAUCGGGUGCGCAACCGUGUCGAUGGCGCUGAAUAUGCCAUGAAAAAAAUAUUUCCUACUUUUCAACAGAUGCCUUACACUAAAAUCUUUCGCGAAAUAAAAAGUCUUGCAAAGCUGGAUCAUCCCAAUAUAGUUCGGUACUAUGCUAGUUGGUUAGAAAAUACUUCUGAAAUAGUGCCAAACGUACAUAAGCCUACCUUGUCUUCAAGUAGAAUGAUACAGGGCCUGGAGUCUCUAGACAUUAGCCGCGAAGAUUCCAUCACAAUAGCCAACAAAGAAGACUCUCUUUAUUAUGAUGACUAUUCAAAUAACGACAGUAUCAUUUUCGCAGCUGAAGUAUCGGGGCAGUCGGACAAUAUAUAUAUUCAGAAAGCAUCGCCCGAAGCUGGCGAAACCAGUGACUCUUACCAUGAUCGAGAUUCGGCGAGUAAGUAUGGUUCUUCCUAUGAUGACAUUAUUGAACCUCCAGGUGAUUCAAGCGUUCGUUACACUUCUACUAUAGCUCCGUUAAAUUGCUUUAUUUUAUACAUUCAAAUGCAACUCUGUACGGACGAUUUGGAAUCAUAUUUGUUUCGACGAAAUUCUAGGGUUUCGUUUCCCUUGUCCACGAUAGAUGCUCAGAUUCACAUAGAUUUAUUUCGAGCUAUUUUGCACGGUGUCAUUUAUAUUCAUGAAAUCGCUCAUCUAAUUCAUCGUGAUAUAAAGCCGAGUAAUGUCUUUUUGGCAAAAUCUCUUACAGUAGAUCGUGGCUCUGUACCUUUGUACAGCUAUCGGGACAAGGAAAACAAUGACUUGGAUAACUAUACACCAAAGUUGGGGGAUUUUGGUUUGGUGAUUGACAACGAAGGGAAAACGCUCGAGUCUGUAUCUUUUUCGAAAGAUCUUCAACAUAUAUCUCCAAUGGAUGCUACUCAGCACGUUGGUACUAUGACUUAUGCUGCUCCUGAGCUACUUGAUGCAUUAGCGUCUCAUGGUAACGUUCCUGUAUCCGAGGCCAUAGAUGUUUUUGCUUUGGGUAUGGUUCUCUUUGAACUUCUUCAUCCUUUUGAUACGGCUAUGGAGCGGGCUUCAAAAUUAAGAGAUUUACGACAAGGUGUCCUACCAGAUAAAUUCAUUGAAAAUUACGUUUGUGAAUCUAGUCUGAUUUUGUGGAUGACGGCAAGGGAUCCAUCCAAACGCCCGAUGUUGUCUGAGGUUUUAAAAUGUAACCUUCUACCCUCACACGUCGCUGAGGUAAGUUUUGAAAAGCCUGAAGCUAUGUUCCCAUCUCAGUCCAUUGGAACUGACAAUCGUUAUUUGGUGAAGAUUAUUGAGGAAAACAGACAAUUACGAGAAGAAAACAUUCUUUUACGAAAUGAACUAGAACGACUGAAAAAAAAGUAAUGAAAGGAUUGGUUUGUUGGGAUUUACGCGGAUUGAUAAAAAUUACAAUUGAUAUGAAGCAUAUAUAGUUGAUGAAAGCUACGACAAAUAAACGGUUUUUGGCAUAAAUACAA